AAUGAGAUGCUUUAGCAUUCAAAUUGUAAAAAACAAACUGGCCAGAAUCACUUAUGGAAGUCGAUACAACACUUCAAAGGCACUAGCCCAAAAUGAAAAGGAUGAACCAAGUGGCUUAAGAUGUUGGUCAUGUAAUUUUUCCAAUCGAAAUGGAGGUCCUUCAGGAACAUUGGCAUGUCGAAUUCCUUUCAAUUCUGACGACGAAUACGUUCGUCAAUUACGAUGUCAUAAAGAUGAAAUGUGCUAUUUUUCUUGGGCAACAGAUCCAAAUGGAAGAGUCAUACAUCGAGGAUGUAGAGUAAGUAGAUAA